UCGAAGUUUAUGAAGGUCAAAAAGCGUUUUUGAUGCAUCCUAGCCGAUCUCAGCCAGCCAGUCAGAGAGCCUCCACGCAUCUGGCUGCUGGCCAUUGGCGACUCUUCAUGCUGAGCAGCAAAAUGGCCGCCCGUCUACCGACUGACUCUACAGCGCUUUGAAAUUGAACAUUUCUGCAUAUUUUGCUUCACUCGGCAGCAACAAUAGUACUUCUUUACUAGCUAGUGGCAUGUUGUGGGUGUGUUUUCAUUAUAGUUCUCUUACUUGACGUAUCCGCUCAGGCGUCGCUGUUCUUGUCGUUUCGACGAAUGCCUCAGAAAGCUAAAAAGAAAAAACGCACUGAAGCACUUUAGCUAGUUAGCACGCUAGCUUUUCCUUAUAUGUGAUUGCUGAGAAGAAAAGAUUAUCACGACCGGAGCAGUAGUUCAUGGAAGACAAGAAAAGGAAAAAAGAAGAAAAAAGGAAAAGGGAAGCCUCUCAGAAGGUUACGGAACAAAAGAACAAAGUGCUAGAUUUGAGCAAGCAGACAUCUGCCCAUCCUCCUGCCACUCAGAGCAGCUCUGCCUCCCCCAGCCCUGGACCCACCCCCUCUGCAUCCCCAUCCCCAUCCACUUCAGGCUCUGGCAGUGCUGCCGCCCAGUCACAGGGUGGUAACAAUGCCAAGCGCCUCGCUGUGGCCAACGGACAGCCCACCUCCACCACCAGUUCUUCCUCUGCCACAGGCAGCUCAAGUGUUACAGGGAACGGGAAUACAAGUAGCGGAGGUGCGGCCCAGGCACCUCAGCAGCAACCUCGCUAUAUGCCUAGAGAAGUGCCGCCGAGAUUCCGCUGCCAGCAGGACCAUAAAGUGCUACUGAAAAGGGGUCAGCCACCACUGUCCUCCAUGCUGCUGGGAGGGGGAGGAGGAGGAGGGGAAGGCCCCAAUGCAAACAUAGCUGCUGUCCCAGAUUCUGGUGCAGCUCCCUCCUCAUUGGCCCUCACCUCAUCAUCAGUUGCUGCUUCUACCACUACUUCAAAUUAUGCAAAUUCCAUGUGGGGCGCAAGCUUAGGCAACCAGGCCUCCUCUCAGGGCAGGGAGAAGGUGAUUGUAGAUGGGAAUGACCUGGAAGAGUGGCCCAGCAUUGCUGGAAGUGAUGGAGGAGGAUCUUUCACUGUGGCUGGAGGGGGUGGCGGCGGAAGCAGCAGCAGCAGCAACAUCGGGAUGCCUGUGAACAGCACUAGUGCCUCUGGCAACCAAUCCUCACCCACUUCCCUGUUCUCUUUGCCCAAUGAAUGUAUGCAGUCGUCCAGUAGUGUGGCAUGGGGAACGGCUGCCUCCCAGGGCCCUCUUGGAGGAGGAAAUGCAGUAGCUUCAGCUGGGCCUGUGUUACAACAGUCCUCCUCAGUUUCCAAAGCCGCCGCUGUGCCAGGAAGCCAUGAUACCAGUGGCCUCGUUGAAGGCAGCAGUGGUAUUCCGGGUGCCAAUUUUAAUCCAAAUGCCAACCCUUCGGCCUGGCCUGCCUUGGUGCAACAGGAUGGGCCUGGUGUUGUAGGGGAAGGAGGUCCAUCUUCCUUCCAUCACCAGGGCUCUGGAGGGACUUUAUCUGCCAACAAUUCUGCUUCCGUAGGGCUAAAGGCUGGGGCAGUUGGGGUGCAAGGGAGUCAUCAAGCUUUGUCUGUGAAUCAAUCAAGUACUCAUCAGCACCAACUUCACCAAAUGCAAUCCAGAGACAGAGAGAUGGGAGGGGGGACGUGGGAUAGUGAAUCAGCGGGACCAAAAAUUGCAGGAGAGGAAGGAGUUGUGGGAGGAAUAGGAAGUGGUGGAGACCACAAUAUUUCUUCCUCAUGGAGAGGCCAGCCCUCUUAUCCUGCAUCUAACUCCAAAACGGGUGCCUCAAGGACUGAUGGAUGGGACGGCAGAGAAGGUGGCAUGGGGGCAUACAGAGCUGCUGAAGGGGAUAAUGGGUCAUCGGGUUGGGGUUAUCCUGGCCCCUCUAGCGCGGUUAAUGCUUGGGGUAGUGCUGGAACUGGGGCAAAUGAUAGUCACCCUAGGGUAUCUCAGGGAGGGUGGGGGACAUCAGGAGUAGAAAAAGGGGCUUCUAGUGUUGACUGGGGUGGGAAUUCCUCUGGCACUACUGGAACUAAUCCUGGAGACGUCACAGGAGGAGCCGGCAGUAGUAACAGCAGCAGUAGUGGAUGCAGCACAGCUGGCAAUCUACCCGUCACCUCAACUUCGAUGAACAGAGCUUGGGACAAUCAGAAGGGAGAGGGGGAUACAGGGGAAUGGAGUGAGGGAGGGCAUGGAGCAAGGGGAGGAUCUUUAUCCAGUGGUGGAAAUUCCAGAAGUGAAAGGGAAACUAACGGCAGCCGUCCGCGGCGUCCACCACCCGAUACUGAAGCUGCCUUACAGAACUUGCUCAGCCGCCCUGAUCUCGAUCCGCGGGUGCUAUCAAACACAGGCUGGGGCCAAACACAGAUCAGACAAAACACAGCUUGGGAUCUUGAUAAUCAAACCGAGCACAGUAAGAGUGCACACACAUCAACCUCUUCUAAACACCCAGUUUCUCUGGGAAAUUCUUCUCAGCAUUCAUCUGGACCCAGAAUCCUGAUUGGUGAUUCUAACGGUCCAGGAGUCCAACCUCCCUUGCUUUCAUCUGCUGGUUCCUGUGGAGAGGGCUGGGAGACGAGCAGCAGCAGCAGUAGCAGUGGGGGGGCCUCUUUAUCCGGAAGUGCACCUCCUCCUUCCGGCCCCGGAAUAAGUAAUAUUGGGGUCUCUCAAUCUGGUACAGUGAUCACAGCAGGUACUGGUGGUGGGUCAGGAUCCCUCGGGCAUAACCAGCAAGGAAAGGCUACUGGUUGGGUUGCAGCAGGAAUGGGUGCUGUGGAUAAUCAGGAGACCAAAGGGUGGGGUAGUGAGGAGUGGAGAACCAAUAGAGGAAAUGGAGGUGGUUGGGGUGGUCUGGGGCAACAAGGUAACCCUGUGAGUACAGGCUGGGGAGGGAAUGAAGAGAGGGGAGCAAUAGGGUGGAAAGAAAUGGGUGGGGAUGGGCGAGGAAGUGGCUGGGGCUCAGGGCAGAAGGUUGGGGCAGGUAGGGACUGGGGUGAGCAGGAGUCCAAAUCGAAUAGCAGCGGUGGUGGGUGGGAAGACGAACUGAAGAAUGGAGGCAGGAACUCAGGUGGGGAAUCAGGUGUGGGUGGUUGGGGAAACUGGGAUGAGGAUCCUCCACGGAGAUCCUGGGGUGUUGGGGGCACGGGGGCAGGGGGGAGUGGAUCAGUAAGUGUUUCUGGGUCCAAACCCCAUCAAAGCUGGAGUGGAGGAAAUAAAAUGCACCAGAUGCCAAACAGCCAGUCAGGCUCCAUCACAGGCCUACAGGCACAACUGCAACAAUCACAACCCCGCAAUCAGCCUCCACAGUUGCAUCAAGGAUUGGACCAAGGGGCUAUGCAAGGGGGUGGUGGGAGAAAACCAAUCUCUCAAGCCCAGAACCAAAGCUCAGGGUGGACCUCAGGGCCCAUCCCUGCUGGUCAUGGAAGUGGUUCUGAACCAAGUGGUUGGGAGGAACCUUCCCCACAAUCUUUAAGCAGGAAAAAUGAUAUAGAUGAUGGAACAUCAGCAUGGGGAGACCCAACCCAUUACAACUACAAGCCAGUUAAUCUAUGGGAUAAAAACAGCACCCCUGCUGGUCAGCAACCACAUGCUCAAGGGCAGACUCAACAACAACAGGGACCUCCACCUUCGACGCAGCUAAAUAAACCUGCUGCAGGACAUGGAGGCAGUCGGGACUUCAACACUGGUCACGGACAAGGAAAGACUGCUUCAAUAGGUACCUCAGGUUGGGGUGGUACACCUCCAGCUAGUCCCACAGUAGACAAUGGCACAGCUGCGUGGGGAAAGCCUACAGAUGCCACUUCUGGCUGGGGUGAACCUGAUGACACUGGGGGGAAAACAGGCUGGGGAAACCCUCCUCCCAAUCCGAUCAAAUCUGGAUCAAAGUCUAUGCAAGACAGCUGGGGGGACAAAGAGGGCUCUGUGACGGCUUCACGUCACUCGAGCUGGGAGGAAGAGGAGGAGGGUGGGAGCAUGUGGAACAGCACUGGCUCCCAGGGUAGUGGGUCGUCUUGGGGACAGGGUAGCAAUGGUGGCUGGGGACAUAGCCACAAUGUCAAGAAACCUAGCAACAAGGGGCCACUCAAGGUUGGCGGAGGGGAUUCCUGGAUCAGUCCAAUAAACAGACAAUUCUCUAAUAUGGGGCUGAUGAAUGAUGAUCCAAGCGGUCCAAACAUUGACCUGGCUCCAAGCACUCUCCAAGAGAAAAAGGUGGAUUUGGACAAAAGAGGCAUGGGAAUGAUGGAUUACAAUGGAGACAUGAGGAAAGGAAGAGGGGGAGGAGGUAGCAUGGCCUAUCGUUCACCCGUUUCCAAAGAGGCAGUGCCUGGGGAUGGAGUUUCUUUUUACGACAAGGGUAACCACAGCCUCCUUGGCAGUUGUGGAGGAAUGUCUCAGCCCAGGCACCAGCCCAAUGUUCCACCCAUGAACCAGUCCCCAGGGAUACGAGCACAAGUGCCUCAUCAGUUCCUGUCACCUCAGGUGCCAGGCUCCAUGCUGAAGCAGAUGCCCCCUCCUAGCGGGAGCGUGGGGGGUGUUGGCGGUGUGGGAGGAGUGGCAGGAGUCGGCAGCGGUGUGUUUCCUCCACAGCUGUCACCACAGCAUAUUGCCAUGCUCAGCAGCAUUUACCCACCGCACAUCCAGUUUCAGUUGGCUUGUCAGCUCCUCCUUCAGCAGCAACAGCAGCCACAACAGCAACUGCUACAAAACCAGAGGAAGUUCACACCAAACGUACGGCAGCAAGCUGACCCGCAACAGUUGGCCAGGAUCAUGGCAAUAUUCCAGCAACAACGCCAACAGCAGCAGGUCGGGAGUUUAGGUGGCAGCGUCAAGAUCUCUCCCUCCCACCAUGGUGGCAGUGGUGCCAAAUUACAUGGGUCUGAUUCCUUGGCCCAUCAGAGCCUGGCAGGAUCUGUUGCUGACCUGCACCCGAAAACUCUGGGACCCUACUCUGGCUUUAGUUCUGGUGUGAACCUCACAGGUCUGGACCUGGGUGGCCCUGUGGUGGGGGGGCCUGGAGGCAUGAAGGACAUGGGAGGUCAGCAAUCUCGUUUCAAAUGGAUGAUGGAGGGGCACUCCACCCUGGACACAUCCUCACCUGAAAAUGCAUUCCACAAAAAUGGUCCUGUUGGGCCCUUGAAGAUGCCGGGCAGCUCACCCUACUCACAGUACGACAUGAUUGUAGGAGACGCGCAAGGCAACACCAAUUGGCAUCGUACCCCUGGCAAGAUGAGUUCCAAGCCCACCACCACGCCCAGCUGGCCCCCUGAAUUUCAGCCCGGUGUUCCCUGGAAGGGAAUAGAUCGGAUUGACCCUGAAUCCGACCCCUACAUGACGCCAGGGAGCAUGAUGGGAAACACUGUCUCUCCCGGGCUCAGUGAUACUGAGCACCAGUUGUUACAAGACAAUACUGAUUCCAUCCCUCCCCUUAACACCUUACUGCCUUCACCUGGUGCCUGGCCCUACAGUGCCUCAGAUCCCCUAAACAACGCACACAACUCAGCAAAGUACACAGAUUAUAAGACUGGCUGGCCUCCCGAGCCCAUCGGUCACAAGUCUUGGAAAGCCAAUCGUGGCAGCAGCCAGGUGCAGCUUUCCCGCCCACCCCCAGGCUUGGCCAGUCAAAAGCAGAUAUCUUCUACCCCAUGGUCAGGUGGUGCCCCUCGACUGGCUGGAAGGGGAUGGAGCACUGGCUCAGGCACCGCCGGCUCGGCAUGGAGCGAUGGCAGCUCUCGGGAAAGUUGCUGGUUGGUGCUCAGCAAUCUCACACCACAGAUUGAUGGCUCCACGCUUAGAACCAUCUGCAUGCAGCAUGGUCCCCUGCUGACCUUUCACCUCGGCCUGACCCAGGGCAGUGCACUUAUCCGCUAUGGCUCCAAACAGGAAGCGGCCAAGGCUCAGAGUGCCCUCCAUAUGUGUGUUCUGGGCAACACCACCAUCUUGGCAGAGUUUUUGAGUGAGGAGGACGUGGCCCGAUACAUUGCACAUUCCCAGGCUGGAGGCUCGGGGAGUGGAGGCACCGUCACCAGCUCUGGCACCACGCCUGCGCCAUCCUCUGCGGUGGGGACUAACGGUAGCGGGAGUGAGCUUAGUGGCGCAGGAGGAGGGAGUGCAGGAGGAGGUGCAGAUGGAGGGUCUACAGCAGGAACGGCCGGACCCGUGGCAGCCGAAUCCACGUGGCAGAGUCUGGAAGGCACAGGCAGCUCGUCGGACCAGUCUGCCCCUGCCGCACCUGGCCUGGGCAUCUUCUCUCAGUGGAGCAGCAAUAGUGCCACGGUUGGUGGAGCUGGCGGAGUGGAGGCGGGUAGGCAAGGUUUGUGGGGGGGUAUGGGUGGCAUGAGCGGAGCAGGGUACCCCAGUAGUAGCCUGUGGGGUUCGCCAGGAAUAGAAGAUCGUCAUCAGAUGGGCAGCCCGGCCUCACUGCUGCCAGGAGACCUUUUGGGAGGGGGCGCCGACUCUAUCUGAAAGGCCCGCUUGUCAUGAUUACGUCAAAAAAAUUGUCCCAACACCUUGCUCUAUUUAUUUCCACACACAAAUGAUGUGAAUUGAAGCUACACUGGUCUCCCAUCACACAGGCUACAUGCAAUACAUUCUCUUAAUUUCACACAUGAAAUCAAACCUUAAAUGAAGACCACAGUGAAACUUGAAGCGGGGGGGACCCACCUGAACUGAACUGGGUAGUUCUGUCUUUUUACUCCACGACCCGCUCACUCAGGCAUGUACUGUAGACGGGCUCAGCUGAGUCCUCCAUGUCAACAUGUUUAGCUCUCGCUGUUCUUUGUGUGCCACAGUUGUCUUCCCCGCCGCCUCCUCCUCCUCCCCCUCCCGAGCCCCUCUUUUUCGUAAUUUAAUGUCGACGACUUGCAGACUGAGCCUUCUUAGACCUGGUCUACUUCUCUCUAACGCUCUCAUAUUUGGAAGCUUUGAAAGUGACAUAAGGAUCCGGAGUGUGUAGAAAAACUGGGGACGACGGCGCCGCAGUAUCAACUGGACCAGUGGAAAGCUUUUUAGAGAAGUAGAGGAGCAUUUUAACUCUGAACAGACACCUCUACCUUUAGUGGAAAUGCCAUCAACAUAUGGGGCCCAGGGUUAAAAAAAAAAAAAAAAAAAAAAAAAAGGAAAAAAACCUAAACAUUAGCCAAACUUGCACUAUAUGCCUCUGGGGUUUAUUGUUGAGUCAUCCAAUAAAAUUCCCUCCACAACUCUAGACACUGACCUUACAGGACGACUUGUAAUGUUACAUCAGCAGUGGCCUUGGCCCACCUCCCCAGAUACAUAUUCAUUCAUACAUACACACACACACACACCACAUACACACUGCUCUUACGUUUGACAAGCAAACUUAUCUCCUUAUGGAUGUACAUCAGUUCUCUCUCCGUUUGAAGAGAAAAACGUGAAACUUUGUAGAGAUCGUUUUGUUCCCCAUUCAAACACUGACCUCGCUAUAUAUUUUUUUGUUUUUGUUAAAGAAAUCAAGUUGGUUGUUGUUCUAUAUUGUCCUGAUGUUAAUGACGACUACGGUCACUUAUUUACUCGCUGUUCAAGGUGCCCUCCUUGCCUGCCUUGUGUGUGCAUGACAGGAGCGUUGACGGUAUGAGCGAAUGGCAAUGAAGAAAGUGACAAUAUCAGGAGUGUUUAAAGAGUGUUGUGUGUGUAUGCGUGUGCGUGUUGUUGUUACAAUGUUGAAUGUUUUUCCUUUGUCCAUGAGAGAUUCAUCUGAGCGCGUAUGCGUGCACUUGCUUUUGACACUUAAUCUGCUUCAGUCAGGGAAGUGAAUAAGGUGUGUCUGACAGAUUGGCUUUUUUGAGACUGAGUGUGUUUGUACGAGCGUGUGUGACCACCAGACAUUGUGAUAGCUGAAAAGUUCAAAAACAUUGGCACUAUUGCAUAUGUCUUUUUUUUAAGCAGCGUUUUGUCCAUUUGUUCUUUUUUUUUUUCUUCUUUCUGUCGAAUGCAAUUUAAGAUCAUAUGUUUUUAAGACAAAGCAACCAACUGAAGGCAUUUCUGUAAAAAAAUGCCAAAAUCCUACCAUACCAAGCUCAGCUGGAAACAGUGUUUUACAGACACGUUAAAGACGGUAGCUGUUAUGUUUUACUGUUUGUUUUUGAUGUUAUGUAUCAGUUUAAAUUAAGUCGGUCUUUUUCACUCCUGUUCAGGAUGUUUUCAUUUAUUUCAAAUGUUACAAAAAGGAGAUGAAAUUAAUUUAAAGUGGAAAAGAACAAGAUAAUAAAGGUUCAAAUGUC